AUGUCUGAGGACUCCAGCGGCCAGGAAGAGUUACCUCCUGGCUGCGAGGAUGUGCCGGGUUACGCUCCGCUGCCAAGCAUGAGUCCGUUCUUGUCUUGCGGGAACCAGUACAGUGCCGCUCACGGCAACUUUGCGCAGGUGAUUUCAACUGUGAUUCCCAGAAAUAAAGAUGGUAAGCCGAAUCCGCAACUGUCGACGCACCAGUUGCUAUUUGACGAUCAGCACGGGCGCGAGUCAGAGUCAGCUUUAGCCCACGCAAAGAGGCUGAUUUUGGAGGGCGCUGCGCUAGUCAAGCAGGCAGUUGCUGCUCAGCAACGAACCUUAGUUCACUGCGAGUGGGGCCAGAAUCGCUCAGGCUCGAUUUGCUGUGCCUUUGCCGUCUUAUAUCUGGGGUGGACCGCAGAAGAGGCGGUCAGAUAUUUUCGGGACCAGAACCUCUUGGAGCGCCGGUACCAGGGACAACAUCCCAUGAGUAACUCUUCCUUCAACAACCUAAUGAAGGAGAUAGAGGGUGAGAGGUCAAAGCUGCUGGGCCACGUGGCCCCCUUGGCACCUCCGCCGAAGAUCAUCGUGCCUGGCGGCUCCCGAACUGGUGGCGGGAUUGAGCGCUUCACGGGUGCAUCCGAAAUGCGUCCGCACCAGUUCCAACUCAGUCAGGUUCAGCGGGUGCCCCCGCCGUCCCGGCAGGGCAUUCGCCAAAGUUGA